UAUCUCGGUGGUGCGCGAGCCCCGCGGCGGUUUGUGGCCGGUGUGUAUGUGUGUGUAUAUCUCUUCAAGUGGACGACUUACUUCCAAUUAUCCCGUCGCACACAACGAUUUUCCUCCCGAUUUCAGCGUUCCGGAAAGCGGAGACCUCCAUGGCUUAACACGGGACCGUGUCAUGGACUUUAUUCGUGUAUGACUUUCUUUUCUGGGGAAAUUUUUGUGUCUCUCAGCAGGCUAAGCUAGUUACCGAGCUCGCGAGCUAAUACUGGAUUUACGCAAAUUCUCCGCGCAUGAAAGUUCCACAGACCGAACAAAUAGCUGGUUUUCGGGGAUAAAUCAGCUCGGGGUUAUUUAUAAAGUCUCUUCCAGCUUGGACGGCUCGAUAAGGUGAAAGUAGAAGGCCAGUGUUACCUCAGCGAAGCUAACGAGCUAAUAUGAAGUUAGCCAGCUAACGCUCUCGUGCGCAAGAAAACACCCUCCGCGCGAGCUGUGCUCUUGUAUACAAUCCUGACAGCUAAAUACUUGCAUUUGAAGUCUGUUUAAGUAGGCAUUUGAGGUAUUUUUCAAUAUUAAUUACUCUGUCUUGGGGAGUGGUGGCUUGAUGGUCUGUUCUGCAUACUUCAGCCAAACCCACUCACAUCAUUAUUAAUCUUCAUUACGGUUUAGCAUUUUCACAAGUGCAUUUCGUGCCCAGCAGUCAUUCCCUCUAAAUAUAGACACGCAUGUCAACGUGACAGUAAUACUUCUUUUUUUAUGAGUAAAGGUUGACCAAUUCAACAGGUUAUUGGUGUACUAGUUGCUGGGUUGUUUACUGGCCAGGCCUAUGCUUGUAAAGGGGGACGAGGAUGAAUUGUGUUGGGAACGAAGUAUAACAGCUCGAAUUGUGGACUGUCAUCUGGACACACAGAUUUGUAUGGAAUUGGGCAGCUGUAUUGGGUUUGGUUCGGCAACAUGGGGGUCUCGCAAGGGGGCAAGAAGUCAUCUACAUAGUGUAUAAAUAUACAGUCUUGUUGACGUUAUGUAGUCGGUUUAGCAGGGGUCUUUUUGUAGAGUUGGAAUUUUUUUCGUAUUACUAUGUGCGUUGGUCUGCUGGUCAUUCAUUAGGAAGAAUUGGAGCAACAGGUCAGUCUGGAUCAAGAAACCCUGUCUUUCGUCUCUGGUUGGAGUAACACUCCCAAGCCAUCCUCAAUGCCUUCAGCGCUGGCCGUGUUCUCCUGCCGCCCGAAUUCACACCCGUUUCAGGAACGCCAUGUUUACCUGGAUGAGCCGGUCAAGAUCGGGCGCUCCGUGGCCCGGUGUCGCCCUGCCCAAAACAACGCCACCUUCGACUGCAAAGUGUUGUCGAGGAAUCACGCUCUGGUAUGGUUCGACCACAAGACAGGCAAGUUUUAUCUCCAGGACACCAAAAGCAGCAAUGGGACCUUCAUCAACAGCCAGCGUCUGAGCCGCGGGUCAGAGGAGAGUCCGCCCUGUGAGGUGCUCUCCGGUGACAUCAUUCAGUUCGGGGUGGAUGUGACUGAAAACACCCGCAAAGUCACACAUGGCUGUAUAGUGUCCACCAUCAAGCUCUUCUUACCAGAUGGCAUGGAAGCUCGGCGGCGAUCAGAUGUUGUUCCUGCACCACUGCCACUGGCUAUUGAUAAGGUGUCCGCAAAUACUCCCAGUAUGUAUUCUCAGGAACUGUUUCAGCUCUCCCAGUACCUGCAGGAGGCCUUACACAGAGAGCAGAUGCUGGAGCAGAAGUUGGCCACACUGCAGAGGCUGCUGGCCAGCACACAGGAGGCGUCAGAGAGCAGCUGGCAGGCUUUAAUCGAUGAGGACCGGUUGCUCUCCAGAUUGGAGGUGAUGGGGAACCAGUUGCAAGCGUAUUCCAAAAACCAAACAGAAGACGGUAUCCGAAAGGAGCUUGUUGCCUUAACAGAGGACAAACAUAAUUAUGAGACGACAGCCAAAGAGUCCCUGAGGCGGGUCCUUCAGGAGAAGAUCGAGGUGGUCAGGAAGCUGUCUGAGGUCGAGAGGAGUUUGAGUAACACAGAAGACGAGUGCACACACCUGAGAGAGAUGAACGAACGCACACAGGAGGAGCUCAGAGAACUCGCCAACAAAUACAACGGAGCCGUCAAUGAAAUCAAGGAUCUGACAGAAAAGAUCAAGUUGGCGGAGGAUAAACAUGAGGAGCUCACACAGAAAGGCCUGAACGAGAAGAAGGAGCUGCAGAUGCGGAUCGAGGAGAUGGAGGAGAAGGAGCAGGCGCUUCAGGCCCGAAUCGAAGCUCUGCAGGCUGACAACGACUUCACCAAUGAGAGACUGACAGCUUUGCAAGUCCGGUUAGAGCAGCUGCAGGAGAAAAGCAUAAAGGAAAACAACAGUUUUGACCACUUUCUUUUAAAGAGUGGAGGAGACUGCACUUUAAUCCAACAGUACAUUGAGUGUCAAUCGGUGCGCCAGCUGAAGGAAGCUGUGGACUCUUCCAUUAACAAGCUGUCCAACUUUGAUGAAGUCAUCGAUGCACAUCUUCAGAAUAACCAGACGACAGUGGACAACAGCUUACCCAGUCCAGACAGACUUAAAGAAAACCAAAUAGACGCUAAAGAGUGUGAUAUGUCAGAUACUCUGAGCCCCAGCAAGGAGAAAAGCAGUGACGACACUUCAGACGGACAGAUGGAAGAACAAGAACUGAACGAGCCCCAGAACCGCGUUUCUCUUCUGAAAGAAAUGGACAGGAGCUUGGAAGCUGGAGACACCGAGCAGGUGAUUCCACACAUCCACCGGGAGCUGCAGGAGGCACAGGAGCUCGCCAACACCGGCAAACAGAAAUGCCUCGAGCUUCAAGCCAUGCUGGAGGAGGAGAGGAAAACCAACCGACAGCAGACCGAAGAAUCUGCUAAACAGAUCCGCUUCUUACAGACUCAACUAGCGAAGCUGCAGACUGAUAUGGAGGCUUUGCGAGAACAGCGAGAGAACACUAUCACCACCACUCGAGAGGAGCUGUACAGCGCUCAGGAGGAGAUCCUGGUGCUCCGGCACGCCAUGGAGGCCGCCACCGCCGAGCGGGAGCGAGAGAUCACCGCCCUGCAGGGAGACCUGAGCAUCGUCACUGCCGAGCUGGACAAAUGGAGACAGACGGCAGCCAAAUAUGAAGUGGAGAUCAGCAAUCUGCAGGCCAGCUUUCAGCUCCAGAGCCAGCACCAGGAGAGAGCUAGCCAGCUCCAAGGUGAAGUGGAGAAGCUGCAGGCCGAUUGCUCUGGUCUGCAGAAUGAAUGUGACAGUCUCCGGGCUGAGAAAAGCACGCUGAUGCAGAAACUAAACAGACUAGAGGAAGAGCUCGACAGCUCCAGAGAGCGCAGUGCGACGUUGAGCAGCAAUCUGAACGCUCUGGAGAAAUCCCAGGGUGAUCUAGAGAAUAAACUGGGCUCAAUACAAGACCAGCACCAACAGGAUGCCAGCAAACUGAAGAUCCAGCUGGCCCAAGCCGAGAGCCGUACCAGAGACCUGCAGAAGGAGUACGACGAUACUCAGAGUCUCCUGUCUGAUCUACGGCAGCGCUAUGAACAGACGGAGCAGGAGAAACGCUCAAUCAACGAUGAGCUGGAACAGUGCAAAGUCAACCUCAAACUCCUGCAGGACAAGGGCAGCAAUCCAUCCAUAUUGCAGCCUGUCCAAGCCAUUUUCAUCGGUCUAUUCCUGGCUUUGCUGUAUUGGUGCUUCGGCCAGUUGUGGUAGAAAGAGCGGAUGGAUGCCCUGGAUGCCGGUGGUUGCCGCCGUAGUGGCUGUUACGGCGGUGGUGCUUUAUCCCAGUUUGUCCAAGAGCUCAUCCUGAGAAUGUUAACCAAUCACAACACCACCACUUCCAGUCCCAAACAAUGCCCUCUGUCCAAUAUCAGUGUCAGAUUUAGACAUCUGACAAUAAUACCUCUCGUUUUGUCUGUUCGACAGCCCCCGACGUCUGUGUAAAAUGCAAAUGUAUAUAGUAUAGAAUGAAAGAGGGAAUAAAAUUGUAAUGCAUAUUAUAGAAUAAAUAAUCUAUCUGCAUUUUUGUCACUCGGAUGGGAAUUUUUGGAUUAUUCAAAUGGCCUAAAAUAGGUCUUUUUCUUUGGGAUGGGUACUGUAUUUUAUUCUGCUAGUGACGUUUUCUUCCUCGGACUCUUUCUUUGUGGGUUUGCCAUGUGGUGAAUCCCAGUAUAUGUACAGCCAAAUGAGAAAUCAAGGGCACAGAAGGGUGAAGUGCCUACUUUAAAUACUACUACUACUAAUAUAGUUCACAUUGAAGUGCCACUCUCGUUCCACUCAUGCAGCGCAUCAUCAAUCUCAAAUGGAGACAAAAAAAACAACAACUAAAGUCUAAAUUUUUACGUCGUGUGCUGUGAUUGUGUGUUCAAAUCCGACAUGCUUCUAGCACAGUGAGAUGUCGUUGUUCUCUAUGGCUGUUGUAUCAUGUAUUAUACGCAAAUGUUCAUGUCAGAAACACUACAAGUUAUAUAUAGGGGAUUUCGAAAUUCGACGUUCUUGAUUGUGGUCAUUGGAAAAUGGAUUGAAGCGUUGACCUAAAACGAACAAAUAAAACACACACACACACACACACACACACAAACGUAGCUUUUUACCAACACACUGUCCUGCUGUCUGGACUAAAAAGGAGCACUUUGAGUUCACAGCUCCUGUUGUUUGUUUCUGUACUAAAUCUCCGACAGUACCUCCUCAAAAAAAAAAAAAAAGGCUCUGGGAUUUUGCUGCCUUAUCUGUAACAUAGGUUUUGGAAAUCGGAUGCUUUAAAAAUGAAUGGGAAGCACAGGAAAGUUAUUUUUGUUGGUGAACGGCGUGUAUUUGUUGAAAUGUGGAUGUUGUGCGAGCUGCUUUGAGAGACUUUUGGAGGAAGAUGAAUUAACCGAUGAUGUGUUUGGUGUGUGGUUCACAUUUGUCUGCUGUGCUGUAAAUAAACAGACGUGGAGCAUAAAAAAAAGCCUAACUCGUCUGGUUCAACGUGUCGAGGACUUGUUUUUGCAUCUCUUUCUAUUAUUUUUUUUUUGUAUCACUUUACUGGAAAGACAUACAUCAACAAUCCAUUGAACGCUUCAACAUGGAUUUAACCACGAAUGCAAAACAAAGCAAAGCUUGUAGCACAGAAAGGAUAGCUUUAAAAUGAUCUCCUGCAUUUUGUUCAUAAUGCUUUCGUUAAACAGCAUGAUGGACUUUUUAUUCUUUAUUUUUAGGUGUUUUUUUUUGGAGAAAUCGUCCUUCACGUUAGAAGAUUGCUUAGGCUGUUGUAAAUAUGUAUGUAUGAAUGUUUGUGUGUAAAUAUAUGUUAUAGUCACAAAAAAGAAUAAAAAUUGGUUAUAAAUGAUGUUGGUCACAUCUAAUUUGCUCCUGGAGACACUUGAUUAAUACGUAAUUUUUUAUUUAAUACGAGUUCUCCUUGUUAGUUUGGUUUUCUACAUGAAUUUUUAACAUCUUUUUGGCCUUGCAAACACGUUUUUUAAUUCAGGACUUUUAUUUCCACGUUAAGAUUGCAUGUUUUGCAGACCAAGUUUUUUUUCUUCUAGCUGCCUCAAGAGUUUGGGAACUAAUGACCUAUUUCCACUCAGUGGUACGGUACAGUUUGGUAGCUUUUUAUGGCCGUUUCCACUGUCAAAGGGUACCUAAAAGCGAACCGCACCGUACCACUUUUUGGAUACCCGUUGCAAAGGGUACCUGGCCCGGCAAAAGGGUACCAAAAGGCGAAGCUAGACUCGCAGCUAAACGCUAUUGGUUUAUAGAGAUAUGUCACUUGCUCAUGGACAAGGCUUGUUUUCUAAGACAUCUUUAAAUUGGUCAGAAACUUCCAGUUAAGACAGUACAGUACUGCACACUGCCUGUACCUAUAUAUUUAUAUUGGUCUGUAUUGUUUUAGAGCUCAGAAUGACUUGUUUUGAACAUCAACGGUAGUUCAUUGUCAGAAAUCUAUUUUAAAAAGACAGGAUAUAAGUGAUUUAAUGUCUUGGAUACAGAUAAAGGGUAUAUUUGCACUAACACGUGUGAUGUGCAUGACUCCAAUAAAACAACUUCACUUUU